CACUCCUCACUCUUUAUAAGCACCAACCCCCUUCCCUGAAAGAAAAGAUCUCGCACUCGAGCUAGAGAGGAGCUAGGAGAGAGUUUGAUUAGCUAGCGAGAAGAUAGGCAUCCCCUUCAUGGCUGGCCUGAGCGUUCUGCUAGAGACCCACGAGAGCAACUCCAUCAAGGCCAAGAUCAUCAGCAAGGCCACCCUCCAUAGCCCCAAGACCUCCUCACCCCCUUGGUCGCCGGCAGCGAGGCCCACCGCAAGCACGAGUUCCUUCUUGCAGCGCUGCUUGCUGUGCCACAAGGAUCUAGCCGAGAACAAUGACAUCUACAUGUACAGAGGUGACAAGGCGUUCUGCAGCGUGGAGUGCCGGUGCAGGCAGAUCUUCAUCGACGAGGACGCCGGCAGCAGCUUCUGCGCAAAGGGCGCCUCCACCGCCGCCGUGCGGUCCGGCCGCCGUGCCACUGCCUCCGGCGGCGGCGUCAGCUUCGCGUACUGAUGUACUACCACCAACACGCAACACCAAGCAACCGGACGCACGUAGCACGUAACGUACGUGUGCAAAGGCAAGAAGAAAAGAAAAGAGAGCUGUUUAAAGAACGGAGUUAAGUACCGCCGUUAUGUGACAGCUCGUCGGCGGGGGCCCACACGCGACGGGGAGCGUACGUGUCCCGUGACCGUACCUAACGGAUAAGAUGGCCGGACAGCUGGCCCCACCUGAAGCGGAUCAGGAUCCAAUAAACUGACGAUACCUUUUUUUAAUUCUUUAUUAUUAUAUCAUAUCACGUCUCUCCCGUCCCGUCUCGGUGGGGAUUAGCUUCUGCGU